AUGGUGGCUGAAUGGGCAUGGCUGAAGGGUUCUGCAUCGUAUCAGUGCAGUCCAGUGGAGAUGCACAGGAAUACCACAGCAUCAGGAGAGCUGGGGAACCACUUGCUUUCCAAAACUCCACACCUGAGCAAGAUUUUGGCAAAGCCAACGGUUUGUAGUGCUGCAGUAUUUGCCAAACAUCCAGGACGUGACCUCCCGCUGUGGGACAGACUGAUUCACCUUCCUGACAGAAAUCAGAAAUGGAAUGUAGUGGGCAUAACAGAAAAUAAUUUCUGUAGGAAAAGACACUUCAAAAAUUAUGAUAUCCAGAGGAAUGGACAGCAGCUUUUGCAAUGCCGACAUGCUUCAACUUGGACUAGUACAAUUUUACAUCCAGGCUAUACAAAAGCAAACUUUCAAAUCAUGUCAAGUGUCCAGGAAUACCAAAAAGAAGAAAAAAAGUGUAAAGGGUACAUACCCAGUUACUUAGACAAGGAUGAGCUAUGUGUAGUAUGCGGGGACAAAGCCACCGGAUAUCAUUAUCGCUGCAUCACUUGCGAAGGUUGCAAGGGUUUUUUUAGAAGAACCAUUCAGAAGAACCUCCAUCCAACCUAUUCCUGUAAAUAUGAAGGAAAAUGUGUGAUAGACAAAGUAACAAGAAAUCAGUGCCAGGAAUGUCGCUUCAAAAAAUGUAUCUUUGUUGGCAUGGCAACAGAUUUGGUGUUGGAUGACAGCAAGAGGUUGGCAAAGAGGAAGCUGAUAGAAGAAAAUCGAGAGAAGAGACGGCGGGAAGAGCUGCAGAAAACCAUUGGGCACAAACCAGAGCCAACAGAUGAGGAAUGGGAGCUCAUCAAAAUUGUCACUGAAGCACAUGUGGCCACCAAUGCACAGGGAAGCCACUGGAAGCAGAAAAGGAAAUUUCUGCCAGAAGAUAUUGGGCAGGCACCAAUAGUUAAUGCCCCAGAAGGUGGGAAAGUGGAUUUAGAAGCCUUCAGCCAGUUUACAAAAAUUAUCACACCAGCGAUUACAAGAGUGGUGGAUUUUGCCAAAAAGUUGCCUAUGUUUUGUGAGCUGCCAUGUGAAGACCAGAUCAUCCUUCUGAAAGGCUGCUGUAUGGAGAUCAUGUCCCUCCGAGCAGCAGUUCGCUAUGACCCCGAGAGUGAGACUUUAACACUUAAUGGGGAGAUGGCGGUGACAAGGGGCCAGCUGAAAAAUGGGGGUCUUGGCGUAGUGUCUGAUGCCAUUUUUGACCUGGGCAUGUCUCUUUCUUCAUUUAACCUGGAUGACACCGAGGUUGCCCUUCUUCAGGCUGUUCUGCUCAUGUCAUCAGAUCGCCCAGGCCUUGUUUGCGUCGAGAGAAUAGAAAAGUGUCAAGAAGGUUUCCUCCUGGCAUUCGAACACUACAUUAAUUACAGAAAACACCAUGUUGCACACUUUUGGCCAAAACUGCUGAUGAAAGUGACAGAUCUGCGAAUGAUCGGAGCCUGCCAUGCCAGCCGCUUCCUGCACAUGAAGGUGGAGUGCCCCACAGAACUGUUCCCUCCAUUGUUCCUGGAAGUGUUUGAGGAUUAGAGACUGAAGUGGUUCUCCACACCCCCGUCGCACUACUGGCUGUCAUUUCAUCCCAUUGCCCAGCUCUUCUCACCUGUUUGUUCUUCUUCUUUCGUGGUCUUCUGUUUCUUGAGAUGGGGCUGGGGUUUUGUUUGAGUUUUCUUUUGGGGUUGCUGGGGGGCAGUUGUAUACACAUGGAUGAAAACAUCCCUUUAAUGCGGGUACUUGUGACUAUUGCAAUUUGUUCUUCAGUCCUUUGAUGUGAGUGCUUUGACAGCUUAACAGUGAAAAUACGAACAGACCAAUCUCAUUCACCAGCAUUUGUGUGGUCACCAGCUCACACCCAUCAUUGCCUGGAAAAUAGGGGAGAGAGAUUGAAGUGGCAGAAAAAUAAAUUUGCCUUCAAGUUGAAACAGCUAUUGUUAAUUUGACCCUGGCAAUUCUGUCUUGUAUUAUUCCUUUUGCAGGGUACAACUGACCAAUUCAUAGUACAGAAUUUCUGGUCAUUGUGAUGGUUUCUAUUGUAACAAUUACCACUAUGGUCUAGAAUCUUCAUCAUCAUUAUGAUCCCAUCAUUCUCUGAGGUUUUUUCCAGCAGAUGCAGUUUAACUCUGCGCCAUAAAUCAAGUACUUUAAAUAAUGCAGAGUGUUAGAAAGGACUGAGUCUUUUUUUUUUUUUCCAUGUGUAUAAGAUAUUAAGAUCUUCAGUUUCUAAAUUUGGACUCCAGGUAACUUCACUGGAAGGUUUGUUGGAGUGAGGACAGAAAUUUGAUUCUCUGAGGUGCUCCUGAUAGUGAAGGGGUCUGCUUUUUCUGAGGUGUGUGUAAAAUCCAUCACUCUGAGGGAGAAGGCUCUCUGUCGGGAUAGCAGGCAGUGUCUCAGAGUUAUUCAGGGAUAUGAGAGCUCAUGGAAUGAUGACAAGGAGAAUGAAACAUAUGGGGUGACCUUCAGAUAGGACAGAAACCAGCUGUGUUAUUAACAACACACAAGACUGUAGAGCUUUAUCCCAGGAAUACAAAUAGUGUUGCUCAGCAGUAAUCCUUUGUUUUAUAUAUAUAUAUAAAGUUUAUAUGCACGUAUAUAUAUAAUUAUAUAUAUAUAUAAUUACAAAUCUUCAGCAGAUGUCUUAAACAU